AUGUCAACAAUACGACCUUUUGACCCAACGGAUAUACUGAAGUUCAAUAAUGUCAAUUCAGACGCAUGGACAGCUACAUAUCAUAAUGGAUAUUACGCAUCAUAUACAGCUCAAUGGCCAGAUUUCUGCGUUACUGUAGAAGGAGCUUUCGAUUCUUCUAUAAAAGCUUAUAUGAUAGCGAAACAUGAACCACCUGCACCUGAUCCACAACAUCAUGGUCAUUUAACUGCAUUAUCAAUUUCACCUGAAUAUAGAUCAUUAGGUUUAGCUAGAAUUUUCAUGGAUUUACUAGAAAGUUUAUCGGGUCCUUCACCACGCUCAAAUGAUGAAGAUCAUCAUGAUCAUUCGAAUUGUGGUGGACAUCAUGGACACGAUCAUGAUCAUGGACAUGGGCACUCUCACCCUCAUGAUCACUCCCACCCACAUGAUCAUUCGAAUUGUGCCGGGGAUCACGAUCACUCACAUUCACAUUCACAUGGUCAGGAAAACGAAAAAGGGAAUGUAGAUGCUGUGAACGCAUGGUUCGUCGAUCUUUUCGUUAGAUGUAACAAUAUAAGAGCAAUAGAGAUGUAUGAAAAAUUGGGUUAUAGCGUAUAUCGGAGGGUAGUAGACUAUUAUCAUGGCAUGGAAGGAAUUGGAUCCACAAGAGAUGAGUUAGACGGAUACGAUAUGAGAAAAUCAAUGCCCAGAGACUCUGCAAAACGAUACGUCCGAGCAAACGGAAAAGAUAUCUUGGUAUCCCCAGAUCAAGUAUGGGCAUAA